CGCCCCGCCCGGCGGGCACGCGCAGCGCGGGGAGGCGGCGGCGGCGCCCGGGCGCGGCGCGGCCGCGGGAGCGGGGGCGGGUGUAUGGCGGCGGCUCUGUCCGCGCUCGCUGCCAGGCUCUCCCAGUCGGCCGCGGCCAGGUCCUACGGCGUGUUCUGCAAGGGGCUCACCAGGACCCUCCUCAUCUUCUUCGACCUGGCCUGGAAGCUCCGCAUCAACUUCCCCUACCUCUACAUCGUCGCCUCCAUGAUGCUCAACGUGCGGCUGCAGGUCCACAUUGAGAUCCAUUGACUUGUGACUCGGUGUGCUGCUUCUACUGUAUGCUGCAACUAGAGUCAGUUGCUCUUCUUCAAAUCCAGCCUGUUGUGAAGCAUCCUAGCUGUGGCUGUGUGCUCUAGGACUAUGAAGAAAGAAGAUUUUACCCAGAAACGAGUAUGUGACAAUGGCCCAGGUCAUCACAAGCCAGCAGCUCAUCUGACACACGUGCAUUCCAUGUUGGACAGUUCUCAAAAUCAUAGUAGCAGUUUACAAGAAUUAUCUAACACCAGGAAUUUUUCUCUCUUUAAUACUAUACCUCUGUCUUCUGUUGGCAAGGAAAUGCCUCUGAGCUUCAGUGAAUCAGCAGGGACAAACUCAAGUGCAGCUGCUCCUUGGAAGGAUUCAUUUCAUCUGCAUUUUUCUUCUGGGAAAGACAAUCUCAAUAGGGUUUCUCACUGCAUUGGUGGCAUUUCAGUAACAAGCUGGCUGGAAGAAGCUUGCAGCAUCUCUGGAGACUUCAGCUCAGGCUGCCCAGGAGACAACUUUGUAUGUUUUGCACAAUUCUGGCUGGGAAAUUUGCAGUAUAAUAAAAACCUGUGGUUUCUGGAAUUAGAAAUGAGCAGUAGCAAAGAGAAUGAAUUGCAGUUUGUAUUUUUUAAAGCAUUGGAGCUUGGUGGACUUCCUGAUUCCUGUUCUAAUCCAGUUGCCUCUCUGAACAACUCUGCUGUGGGACUCUCAAACAAUCAGAAACCAUGUUUUUUGCUUUGUUGCUUAAACUUUGUAUCUUCAGAGCAAAAACUUGGAUAUGAGCAAAUGCUUAUGAAUAUACAGUAUGUGACAAAUAAUUUUCACAUCAUACAGCUAGUAGUCUUUGUGCUAGCUUUUGCACUAGCAGGUCUCUGGUAUGCAGAAGUGAAGGUAAAAAAGUACUGAGAUUUUAAUAACUACUAUUUUUAAUAUUAGUAGAAAAUAAGAGAGACAAGGCUACAGUUCAGGUUUUAGUGAGAAUUAGCUGAAGUAAAAACUAUAGUUGUAUAAUUGCUAGUUAAACUGGCUGAUGGAAGAAUAGGGACUUUUUUUUUGUAAGGAAUAGCUACAUCUGAGUGUAAAGAACUUCAUAAUUUUCAGACUCUGGGACUUCUGCAGGUCUGCUGUUAACACUAAACUAGAACCCAAUUUGAUUAGCACAGAUCCUUUGUUUUCUAUAGAGUUUGUAUUAGUGGAGUGUUCUGGCUACUACUAUUUAUACCCAUUUCCAAUGAAACUUGUUUCUUGUAGAACUGAAUUCCUGCUCUGUAUCCGACAGCAACUGAUGUAUCAGUCCUUAGAACACUUUGAACUGGAAAGCUGUUGGGAGGGUGGUCUUCAAUACAGCAUAGUUCUCAGCAGUGGUCCUUUCCAAGGGUGGUACUGCUCCAAUUUAACACCACCUUGUGAGCUUCAUUGUGCUACCAUAGACACUGUAAACAACUUUCUAAAACAAUUUUUUUUUCCUUGAAAGAGUGAUUGUUAUUGCUGAAGUACAGUAGUAGCUUCUGGGCCUGUUGACUUUGGCUUUGGGACAGGCUAGUGACAAUGAGGUUUGCCAAAGAACAGGGCAAGAAUGCUGGAAUCCAUAGAGCUGCUGGCGAAUAGAAUUUUGAGGAGUAGGGUCCUGAUGGCACUCCAGUGGAGAAACUCAUUCUGCAGUAGGUCAAACUUUGAAUUUAACAUCCAAAAUCCUCAGCAGGGGCGUUGCUGUAGAUCAGCUUAAUGUGCUCUAAAGGCUCAUAUAAAGAGGGAGGUAUUGGUGUGUGGGUUAGGAUGCAUUUUCAGCUUCCCCUUGACUCUGACUUAAAAUGUGAGGACCUAAUGUGGAGUAAAGUGGUUCACACACGAGGUACCUAUGCCAGUGAUUCUCACAUUAGGUAUCCUUUUUACCAGCUGGUCUUGCUUCAUCUUGGAAAGAGAGGAAGUGAUGUUGCAUUUUGUUUGAACUGAACUUAGCUGGAAAGCCAGUAGUUUCCAGUGUGGUGGUUAUUGAACUGUUAGCACACGUGUGUAGAGGAGUCCUUGAUUAUGAAGAUGAGAUGCUGAUUAUCAGUCUUAGGGAGAGAAGUGUUGAAAUUUUUAAAUCUUAUUUGAGUGCUGAAAAUAAGAUCUGUUACUUUUUAUGUGAAGUGAUACAUUGUGUUUUCAUGAUCCCCACUGGCUGAUUGUUUCUUUUGGAUGCUCUAAGAGAUGAGAAGCCACUUGCUUUAAUUUACAAAGUAACUUUUCCCUGGUGUGCAUUUAAAUGAUUGCUUAACUUGGAGACUUUUGACCAUGCAAUUACCUGUCACGAUGUGACCGAAAGCCCUGAAGUAAUACUGGAUUAUGUAUCAUAAGUAAUUACUGUGACAGCAGCAGUUCCCUCUCAGUCAAGCCAUCCACUUUCAUCUCCACUGCUGUAAUUCAUCAGCCUCGCAGUGAGUGCUAUUAACACAGGUUAACACAUGGUGUUGCAGAGGUUCAAGAUUCCUGAAGUGAUGUGAAUCUGACAUCCCAGAACACCAGAAACAGACACUUCCCCAAAUGUCUGUGGCUUGGAGUUACGGUGUUAAGCUGCUGUCUGCCUGUAUCUUGACCCAAAAAAACACUUGGCAGAGUUGAGGGCAGAGGAAUGAAGGCUGGGUGGGGUUGGAGCCUGUUUAAGCUGGCUUGAUUGCUAAUGACAAUGUUGUGCAACUCCGUGUUAAAUCUCUAUGCAGCUCCAUAGGUACAGCCAUACCCUCCCUGUAUGGUGAGCCUUACCUUAGGAUGUGCAUGAACACAGUCCUGCACCCAAAACUUGAGUGCUUGGGCUUCCUGUACAAAGGAUCAGUUGGCACAGCUGUACCUGCAGUUGUUACUUGAGACCUUGUUUGUACAGCUGACUGCUUUGGCCUGGAACAUUCUCUGCUGUAUGUCAUUUGGGGAACGACGUGUUUUGGGAACCAUAGUUCUUUACAAGAACUUGUAGGUGAGAUUGUCAGGUUAAUAGGCAAGAGGAGUAGCUAAAGGCAUAAAACCACAGUUUUUAAUGCACCUUUUUCUCAUGUUGAUUUCAAAGGGGAGGAAAUGAAACAUGAGAGACACCACAAUAAACUAGAAUUGAAAUGUGUGUACAGCAGAGUGCCAAGGGUUUUCUCCUUAUUGAUGACAAGCCCAUGGAGGAGAUCUUGGAAUACUGAAUUGUGUUACACAUCACAGUCCAGCUAAUACAGUCCUGUUUUAAGCAAAGUCUUGUCUGAAUGUGUGGCCUUUCAUCACUUAUUACAGGAUCACUUUAAAUAUAAUACAGCUAAGUGAAAUGAUGGAUGUUUGUUGUGUAUUAUAUGUAUAUUGACCAUAAGAUACAAAGAAUACUUAAAUAAGUGGAUUUAAUCCAUUUUGAGAUACUUUAUGUACCUUGCCUUGAAUUUUAUUGCUUAAAACCUAAAAGGUAAUUUUAACUUGAACAUUCCUUCUGAAAUUCAAAUAAAGCAUAGUUUGGUAUGUUAAAAUCUCAUGUAAUAGACUGCACUUUAAGCCUGGGGAGGCCAUGGAUCGAAAGAGCUGUUCUUGCACUAACAGAACUGCCUGCCCUGACUGAGGCAAUGUUUAAAUGGCUUUUCCUAUCUGGAGAGAGAAUAAGGAACCUGAAGGAUGGCAUCCAUCCUUUGAAACGACAGAUAAAUCUAACACUGUGUGGUUUAGGCCACUGUUCUCUUCCUACAGAUGUUUUGAUAUUAACUCAUCUCAGAAGAUGGAAGGUGUCUUGGCCAAGAAGCAGUUUGUGUGGAGUUUCAUGGCUUCACUAUGUCCAAUGUGGGAAACUUUCCUGAGUUAAUGUGCUGUUAGGGCUGUCUCAGAUGAUUAUUACAGUACAGAAAAAUAACAUUCUUAGUAGGGGUAAGGGACCUUUAUACUCAACCAAGAGUUGCCUUCAUAUUUCUGUAUUUUUGUCUCUCAUCCUUCUCUAGGAAGAGGUUAUUUCUAAGCAAAAUGUCAGGGUUCUACUAAACUACUUGUGCUAUCUGAAAUUUCAUUGAUUAGUGUCCAGAUCCUUCCUGCACAACAUAGCAAAGUUUUAUUUCUGCCAUUAGAAAAGAAAUAAGAAAAUACUCAAUAUUAAGAGAAUUUCCUACUAGUUACACUUGAGUGAAAAUUUACUAUGUGGUGUACUGCUAUGAAAAGAAAAUAUACUUUUAAAUGUGUGCACAGAGCUCUGCAUGUAGAUAAAAAGUGUUUUACCACAGUAUGAUGUUGGGAUGCUUAUGCAAAUGCUUCUUUACUUUCUGACAUUGCAGUGCAAAAUGCAGUCGAGAUGGUGGUGUUACUUCUCCGUGUGGUUUUUAGCCAGUGCAAUCUCAGCUCUCGUGUCUGCAUCAUCCUGCACAGGGGACAGUUCUAGCUGUAGACAUUUUUUUGGCCUUUUGCUUUUUCAGUGUUGGGUUUGGUUUUGCUGUUGUUUGAGGUUUGCUGGUUUGUUGUUUGUUUGUGGUUUAUUUCUCUCUUUUUUUUAAAAGUUAUUAUUAGGACUGUAAAAACAGCACUUUCUUAAACUUUGCCAAAGUUUGCUUCCUUUCUCCUCUCCACCUUUGCCCCUUACAGGUAUACACAUUUAAUUUUUGGAA